AUGGUGAUGUUCAGCGAAUUUCGAAACAGUUUGGAAUUGGGAUCCACAGAAGGAAAGAGGACGUUCACCGCUUCAGAGCUGAUCGGUGGUGGCUCAUCGGAGUUUUUAGCGGUUUCCGGCGAACUAACGGCGGAGCUUGCAUCUGACGCGUGGCAAUGUGAAGACCACUUUUGGGCCUGGCCUAUUAAUUUCCAUAUGUAA